GUGGCGGUAGCUGCUGGGGAGGCUGCGGCUGCUCGGCCGGGCGUCCGCGGGCCGUGGGGGAUGGGGACGACGAGCUGCAGCCCUUGGCGGCUGCUGCUGCUGCUGCGGCGGCGGCGGCCGUGAGUGUGGCGCGGGCGUCCGCGUCCGGCGCGCGGGAUGGAGCCCCGCGGAUUUCCGUUUUUCUGACUGCUAUAUGAAAGGAUGAUUGCUCACAAACAGAAAAAGACAAAGAAAAAACGGGUUUUGGCAUCAGGCCAGUUCUCUACUGAUGUUACAACUUCUGAAAUGGGGCUCAAAUCCAUAAGUUCCAACUCCAUUUUUGACCCGGAUUACAUCAAGGAGUUGGUGAAUGAUAUCAGGAAGUUCUCCCAUAUGUUACUAUAUUUAAAAGAAGCUAUUCUUUCAGACUGUUUUAAAGAAGUUAUUCAUAUACGUCUGGAAGAACUUCUCCGUGUUUUAAAGUCUAUUAUGAAUAAACAUCAGAACCUGAAUUCUGUUGAUCUUCAGAAUGCUGCAGAAAUGCUUACUGCAAAAGUGAAAGCUGUAAAUUUUGCAGAAGUUAAUGAAGAAAACAAAAAUGAUCUCUUUAGAGAAGUGUUUUCUUCUAUUGAAACCUUGGCCUUUACCUUUGGGAAUAUUCUUACAAACUUCCUCAUGGGAGAUGUAAGCAAUGAUUCAUUAUUGCGAUUGCCUGUUUCUCGGGAAAGUAAGUCUUUUGAAAAUGUUUCUGUGGACUCAGUGGACUCAUCCAAUGAAAAAGGAAACUUCUCUCCCAUGGAACUAGACAGCGUGCUGUUAAAGAACAAUGGGUCUAUAGACUUGGCUUUGUCAUAUGCUAAAACAUGGUCAAAAUAUACCAAGAACAUAGUUUCAUGGGUUGAAAAAAAGCUUAGCUUGGAGUUGGAGUCAACCAGAAAUAUUGUCAAGUUGGCAGAGGCAACUAGAACUAACAUUGGAAUACAAGAAUUUAUGCCAUUGCAGUCUCUAUUUACCAAUGCUCUUCUUAAUGAUAUAAAGAGCAGUCAUCUUUUACAACAAACAAUCGCAGCUCUCCAAGCCAACAAAUUUGUGCAGCCGCUGCUUGGGAGGAAGAAUGAAAUGGAAAAACAAAGGAAAGAAUUAAAAGAACUUUGGAAACAGGAACAAAAUAAAAUGCUUGAAACAGAGAUAGCUCUUAAAAAAGCAAAAUUGUUAUGCAUGCAACGUCAAGAUGAGUAUGAAAAAGCUAAAUCUUCCAUGUUUCGUGCAGAAGAGGAGCAUCUUUGCUCAAGUGGUGGUGGAUUAGCAAAAAAUCCCAACAAGCAGCUAGAAAAAAAACGAAGGCUGGAGGAGGAGGCUCUGCAAAAAGUAGAAGAAGCAAAUGACCUCUAUAAAGUUUGUGUGACAAACGUUGAAGAAAGACGAAAUGAUCUAGAAAAUGCGAAAAGAGAAAUCUUAAUUCAACUCCGGAAACUUGUUUUUCAGUGUGAUCUUACUCUGAAAGCUGUAACAGUUAACCUCUUCCAGAUGCAGCACCUGCAAGCUGCCUCCCUUGCAGAUAGUUUACAGUCUCUCUGUGAUAAUGCCAAGCUCUAUGACCCAGGCCAAGAGUACAGUGAAUUUGUCAAGGCUACAAAUUCAGGCGAAGAAGAAAAAGUUGAUGGGAAUGUAAAUAAACAAUUAAUGAGUAGUCCUCGCACAUCUGGAUAUGGACCUGCCGACUCUCUGGAAGAUGUUGUACGCCUUCCUGACAAUUCUAAUAAGAUAGAAGAGGACAGAUGCUCUAACAGUGUAGAUAUAACAGGUCCUUCCUUUACAAGGUCAUGGACAUUUGGAAUGUUUAGUGACUCUGAGAGCACUGGAGGAAGCAGUGAAUCUAGAUCUCUGGAUUCAGAAUCUAUAAGUCCAGGAGACUUUCAUCGAAAACUACCACGGACUCCAUCCAGUGGAACUAUGUCUUCUGCAGAUGAUUUAGAUGAAAGAGAACCACCGUCCCCUUCAGAAACCGGACCCAAUUCCCUUGGAACAUUUAAGAAAACAUUGAUGUCAAAGGCAGCUCUCACUCACAAGUUUCGCAAAUUGAGAUCCCCCACAAAAUGUAGAGAUUGUGAAGGCAUUGUAGUGUUUCAAGGUGUUGAAUGUGAAGAGUGUCUCCUUGUCUGCCACCGAAAGUGUUUGGAAAAUUUAGUCAUCAUUUGUGGUCACCAGAAACUUCUGGGGAAAAUACACCUAUUUGGAGCAGAAUUCACACAAGUUGCUAAAAAGGAACCAGAUGGCAUUCCUUUUAUACUCAAAAUAUGUGCCUCCGAGAUUGAAAAUCGAGCCUUGUGUCUACAGGGAAUUUAUCGUGUAUGUGGGAACAAAAUAAAAACUGAUAAGUUGUGUCAGGCCUUGGAAAAUGGAAUGCACUUGGUGGACAUUUCAGAGUUUAGUUCACAUGACAUCUGUGAUGUCUUGAAAUUAUACCUUCGACAGCUUCCAGAACCAUUCAUUUUAUUCCGAUUGUACAAAGAAUUUAUAGACCUUGCAAAAGAGAUCCAACGUGUAAAUGAAGAACGAGAGACAAAAAAGGAUCAUCCUGAGGACAAAAAGUGGUCAAGCCUAUGUAUAGAAAUAAAUCGAAUUCUUCUGAAAAGCAAAGAUCUUUUAAGACAAUUGCCAGCAUCAAAUUUGAACAGUCUUCAUUAUCUCAUAGUACAUCUUAAACGGGUUGUAGAUCAUGCAGAAGAAAACAAAAUGAACUCCAAAAACUUGGGGGUGAUAUUUGGACCAAGUCUUAUUAGGCCACGGCCCACAGCUGCUCCUGUUACCAUCUCCUCUCUUGCUGAAUAUUCAAAUCAAGCACGGCUGGUCGAGUUCCUAAUUACUUACUCACAGAAGAUCUUUGAUGGAUCCCUGCAGCCCCAAGAUGUGGUUGUGUGCAGUACAGCGGGUGGUGUACUUCCUGUUGAGCAAGGUUGUCUUCCAAAGCCUCUGUUGUCCCCAGAAGACAAAGACCAAGAGCAUUCUAUGAAGUCACUAUUUUUCUCUUCAAAGGAAGAUAUCCAUGCUGCAGAUGGUGAAAGCAAAGUUUUUGAACCAGCUACAUCAUUUGAGGAAUCAGAACGCAAGCAGAAUACAUCAGAAAAAUGUGAUGCAUAUAUCAUUGACCACAAAGUGCGUCUGCUCUCAGACCAGGAGCUUGAAUCAGCACCACGCAAGCUGGAAAGUGUUUGUAAAGCAUCUAAGGCCCCUGCUCUGAAGUCUGAUAGGGAAACAAACAGUGUGGGGAGGCCACCUCCAAGGAUCAAGAUCAGACCUGUAAGUUUACCUGUAGACAGACUGCUACUUCUUGCAAGCCCUCCUAAUGAGAGAAAUGGAAGAAAUAUGGCUAAUAUAAACUUGGACAAGUACUGCAAGAAUACUGCCUUUGAAGGAGUUAACAGGAAAGUUGCCCAUAGUAUUGUUUGUUCCAAAUUUGAUGACUUUGACCUGCAAACUCUCAAAAAAACUCAAGAGAAAGAAUAUGAACAGGAUGACCAAGCUGCAAAAACUGCCAUGAUUGUGCCCAAUGCCCUCCAGGAAAGAGGAGUGACAAGCAUCAGGAUCAGUGGGGACCACCCAGUCAGUGCCACCCAGCCCAGUAAGCCAUAUCCAGAGCCAGUCAAGUCACCAAGACAAAUGUCGGAGAAACGGUCCUCUGACUCGUGUCCUCUGACCUCUGUCAGAGCACCCAGAACGCUGCAGCCCCAGCACUGGACAACCUUUUAUAAGCCUCGAGCUCCCACUGGCAGUGUAAGAGCCAGUGAAGAGAAACCUAUAGCAUCCUCUGCAGCAGCGUCUCCUGGCACAUCUCACGCUCCCCAGGCACCUGUACUGAAAACAACUCCAGACUCAGAAAACGUAUCCAUGUGUCCCAUGCAGCCGACAAGUGAGCCAAGAGAGAACUCUGAGGAGCAUGGCUUGCCUGGCGUGCUUCCCACCUGUCAGAGACCGAGGCUAAAACGCAUGCAACAGUUUGAAGACCUUGAAGAUGAAAUUCCACAGUUUGUGUAGAUUAUCAGAACUCAGCUUUUCUUUUUGUUGUUGUCUUGUGGUAUUAUGUUUGCUUUGUGAAAGAACGUUUUGACAGGGCCCCUUAUGUAUAGGUUUGCCAAAUCGUACCAUUGUAUUGUCUUAUCCUGUGUUGGUUAUAUUGAAAGGAAGAAUGUUUUGAUAGGGCCAUAUCUGUGCCCCACUGGAAUUAAAUUUAAAUCUGUAUUUUUUGAAGUUGUGAAUAAAUAGGUGGACUCAACUUUUUUAAAAGUUCAGUGGAUUUCCCCCAUAAAGUAAUCAAUUUAAAUGCAUCCCUAAUAUAUGAUGUAAUUCUCAACUAAUAGGUGCAAUUGGGAAAACUCAGCUUUAUUUUUUUUUAAGUGAAACUAAGUGCUUAUUUAUAAAUAAGGAAUGUUUCUGAAUGCAAGUGCCUGAAAUAUCUUUAGAAUGAUCGUUUUAUUCCCCAUACAGUUUUAGUUCAUCUUUGAUCACAUCUGCUUUUAUGGUAUGUAUGUAACCUUUUUCAGUUGACAAUUCACUUAGUUUUUAAUAUCUACCCAAUACCCAAAAGUCUUGCAAAUCUGUAUUUAAUUGCAUUUUAGUUGACAGUUUUUACAUGAUAGUAAAUUAUACAAAGAAAAUGCACUUACCCCUGUUUCUAAGUUAUAUAGUUCAUUAUGCCUUACUUCACUUUUGAUGGUUUUAAUACAUUUAAUAGCUGUUCAGCAAUUCUGAACCUUUUAAUAUUUUAUAUAAUGUCCCCCCCAAAAAAAAUUUUUUUUAAUUCAGUGCAUUGCCUUUUGAU